AACUGUGUUUAGUAUAACCGCCGUUGCGCAGGAGUUUGCCCGCUGUCGCACAACACAAAUACGAGAAAUAAAAUAUCGAAGCCAUGAUCGUGACGGUGACAUGGCUGCUGGUGGCGCUGUCACUGGUGGUGCUGUACCUCCGCAGGGCCUACUCCAAGCUGGAGCGCGACCAGGUCAACCACUUGCCCAUAGUGCCGUUCUUUGGACAUAUCUUCUGGGUAUUCUUCAAGAAAGAACAUAUUGUAGAGGCUUUCAUGAAGUCUGUUAAUGCUUUCCCAGAUGAUAGGAUGGUUGGGCACUAUGACAUGGUGACUCCAUCGGUGAUAGUGAAGGAUUUGGAGACCAUAAAACGGAUCACCAUCAAAGACUUCGAGCACUUCGUGGACAGGAGGAGGUUCAUCGGCAAGGACGACCCCAUGUUCGGGCGGGGGCUGCUCAUGUUGACAGGUGAUGAAUGGAAAGCCAUGCGGUCGACAAUGAGUCCGGCCUUCACCAGCUCGAAGAUCCGUCUCAUGGUGCCUUUCAUGCUGGAAGUAGGAGAGAGAAUGAUUCAAGUGCUGAGGGAGCGCAUCAAAAAUUCAAAAGAGGGCUACGUAGAUUUAGAGUUGAAGGACCUGGCGACCAGGUACGCGAAUGACGUGAUCGCCUCGUGUGCUUUCGGCCUGAAAGUGGACUCCCAGAGCGAAGACAACACCUUCUACACCAUGACCAAGGAUAUCACCACCUUUGGAUUAGUGCGAAUCAUUAAGGUCUUCCUGUUUAGGGCCUUUCCCUCUCUCUGUCAGGCACUGAAUAUAAUGAUAUCACCACCGGAGGUGUCUGAUUUCUUCAGAACUAUAAUACUUGGAACCAUGAAGAACCGAGAGAAGGACAACAUUGUCAGAAACGACAUGAUCAACAUACUUAUGCAAGUCAAGAAAGGUCAACUCACGCAUGAGAAAGAAGAAGCAGACGUCGAUGCUGGCUUCGCAACAGUUGAAGAAUCAUCCAUUGGCAAGAAGCAACAUAACUUCGAUUGGUCAGACAAUGACCUGGUAGCACAGGCUGCGCUGUUCCUGUUUGCUGGCUUCGACACAGUCUCCACGACCAUGGCGUUCAUCAUCCACGAGCUGGCGAUCAACACUGAGGCCCAGGAAAAGCUGUCGAAGGAGAUCCAAGAACACGAUGCGAGGCAUAAGGGACAGGCCGACUACAACUCCAUACAGAGCAUGCAAUACCUCGACAUGGUCGUCUCUGAGGGGCUACGGUUGUGGCCCGCUGGGGGUUUCAUGGACAGAAAGUGUGUGAAGGACUACAACCUCGGUAGACCCAACGCUAAAGCCACCAAGGAUUAUAUUAUCCGCAAAGGCGAAUUCCUCACCUACCCGAUCUGGGCGUUCCACAGAGACCCCAAACUAUUCCCCGAGCCCAAGAAGUUCAUCCCCGAGAGGUUUUCUCCUGAGAACAAAGAUAAAAUCAAGCCAUUCUCCUACAUGCCCUUCGGGAUGGGACCCAGAAAUUGUAUAGGGUCUCGCUUCGCCCUGUGUGAGGUGAAGGUGAUGCUGUACCAGCUGCUGCGUGAGAUGGAAGUGUCUCCGUGCGAGAGGACCUGCAUCCCCACCAAACUGAUAGAGGAUGGCUUCAACAUGAUGAUCCGAGGAGGAGGCUGGAUCAGGUUUAGGAUAAGGAAUAACUGACUGUGAUUCAUUUAAUUUUUAAUCAUGUAUAGAUAAUAAUAAUAUAUUUAACUAAUUUACUGAUGAA